ACCAGGCACAAGCUAAUACUCAACAAUACUGAUGCCUUGUUUUUUUUGCUCUGUCCGGACCGCAACGCUGUAGCCAAUUUAGAUAUGCUAUAAAUUUAAGAGGUUGCCAUGGCUACGGCGCGCCCAUUGGCCGCCGGGCCCCCUACGUGCCGCGCCACGUCACCAAAUCUGAAUAAGGAUGCGCGAAUUAGGCGGCGGCCAGACAAAGAUGAGGAUCCGGACCGCUUGAAAGUGGGGGAAAGUGCCGGCGCCUCGCCACCGGGGAAAGGCGCUCGGCAGUGCAGAGGCCAGCAGCCAUCGGAGACACCUGCGGGAGCCCAGAACGAACGCCGUGGCGCGCGACUCUUGGCAAGAGGUUGUGAAUGCCGCCACCCCCCAUUCCACUCUGGGCAGCACAGCUCCAGGCCAGAGAUCGUCCGAGGACUUGACCAGCUGAGUCUUGCUCUGGACGGGACUCGCCCCGUGGCGGCGGUGGCGGCGGCAGAGCCCAGAGGCAGAGAGCAGCGGCAGGACCAGGAGGCCCAAGGGCCAGGGGCCCAGAGGGAGGCGAGGCGGCCGGGCCGCCGGGGCGCGCGGCUAUGAUGGUGCACUGUGCCGGUUGUGAGCGGCCCAUCCUCGACCGCUUUCUGCUGAACGUGUUGGACCGCGCGUGGCACAUCAAAUGUGUCCAGUGUUGCGAGUGCAAAACCAACCUCUCGGAGAAGUGCUUCUCGCGCGAGGGCAAGCUCUACUGCAAAAAUGACUUCUUCAGACGCUUCGGCACUAAGUGCGCUGGCUGUGCGCAAGGCAUCUCACCCAGCGACCUGGUACGCAAAGCCCGGAGCAAAGUCUUCCACCUCAACUGCUUCACCUGCAUGGUGUGCAACAAGCAGCUGUCUACCGGCGAGGAGCUGUACGUCAUCGACGAGAACAAGUUCGUGUGUAAGGAUGACUACCUGAGCUCCUCGAGCCUCAAAGAAGGCAGCCUCAACUCAGUGUCCUCCUGUACGGACCGCAGUUUGUCCCCGGACCUCCAGGACCCGCUGCAGGACGACCCCAAGGAGACCGACAACUCGACCUCAUCGGACAAGGAGACGGCCAAUAACGAAAACGAGGAGCAGAGCUCGGGCACCAAGCGGCGCGGCCCGCGCACCACCAUCAAAGCCAAGCAGCUGGAGACGCUCAAGGCCGCCUUCGCCGCCACGCCCAAGCCCACGCGCCACAUCCGCGAGCAGCUGGCGCAGGAGACCGGCCUCAACAUGCGGGUUAUUCAGGUAUGGUUUCAGAACCGACGGUCCAAAGAGCGCCGCAUGAAACAGCUGAGCGCGCUGGGCGCGCGGAGACAUGCCUUCUUCCGAAGUCCGCGGCGCAUGCGUCCGCUGGGCGGUCGCUUGGAUGAGUCUGAGAUGUUGGGGACCACCCCAUACACCUACUACGGAGAGUACCAGGGCGACUACUACGCGGCCGGAGGCAACUACGACUUCUUCGCGGCGCACGGGCCUCCAUCGCAGGCUCAGUCCCCGGCCGACUCCAGCUUCCUGGCCGCCUCCGGGCCUGGCUCAACGCCGCUGGGCGCCCUGGAGCCGCCGCUGGCCGGGCCGCACGCCGCUGAGAACCCGCGUUUCACCGACAUGAUCUCACACCCCGACACGCCGAGCCCUGAGCCCCUGCCCGGCGCGCUGCACCCCAUGCCCGGCGAGGUGUUCGGUGGCGGCCCUAGCCCGCCUUUCCCCAUGAGCGGCUCCGGCGCCUACAGCGGGGCCCUGUCGCACCCCAACCCCGAGCUCAACGAGACGGCCGUGUGGUAAGGCCGAGGCGGGCGCCCCCUGCGGCCUCCCAAACCAAAACGCCCGACGCGGACUCGGUGGGGGCGAGGGAGCGCCCUCAGGGGUUCUCUCUCGGGUCCGCACCCAACCGACAGCUGCUCCUUGGCUGGGUGUGGGGGACCCAACCCCGUUCUUUCCCGGCCCGUGCUCCCCUCUCGCAGCCGGGAGCAAUUUCUUGGGACCAAAGUCGAUAUUCUGGAGGGUGCAGAGAU